AUGUCGUCGAGGAGCCUCCCUGCAGACGUCAUCUUCGAUAUUCUCUGUAAACUUCCCGUAAAAUCACUGCUGCGAUUUAAGUGCGUCUGCAAAUCAUGGCUCGCCCUAAUCAGCGACCCUCUAUUCAUUAAACAACAUCUGAAUCGAGUGCUAGAAAACAUCACUAUCCCCAACGACGACGGCGGGUCCUCCAAUUUCAUCGUCAUCUCUGCCGGCAUUGUCUUUCACGUAGAUAAUGGUUCUGAGACAGAAACGAAUGAUGGGUCGUCGAGAAAACUGGAUUUGCCGUUUCAGAAUUCUAUCAGAAGUCCAUGGGUAGCGGGUUCCUGUAAUGGGUUGGUGUGCUUGGCCGACGAGAGACUCGAUGACACACCAGAAGACUUGUUUGUAUGGAACCCAUCUACCGGAGAUUACGUGAAGUUGCCGGAAACCCCUUUUGAACGUCCUCCCUCCUCCCACUUAUUAAUGACGGAUAUUUCUGCGUUCGGCUACAUCUCCGCCCUCGACGAAUACAAGGUGGUAAAAGUUAUUGAUGCUUUUGAUGUUUCCAGAAGUCCUGGCGUCAAUCGGUCCACAGUUCUGGUGCACACGCUGGGCACUGAUUCAUGGAGAAAGAUUGGGGAAGACGUCUCUUUCCAAAUUGACUGUCGUUCCGGUGGACUGCUCUUGCAUGGAGGUAUUCAUUGGCCGGCGGCUCGCUUCUUUCAGGUGGGUGUCUUGAUGCUCAUUGUUUGUUUCGAUCUUGAGGACGAGGUGUUCUGGGAGGUCCCAUCGCCCGACAUGGGAGAGGUUGAUAAGGAUUGGAUUAAAUUGGGGGUGUUGAGAGGAUGCCUUUGUGCAUUUCUUUCUGUUCAUGGAGAAAGGAUUGACAUUUGGGUAAUGGAAGAUUACGGGGCAAAAGAGUCUUGGAUUAGACAGUUUUCCUUCCAGUGGCGAGCAAUAGCUAGGGGUUUUGAGUCGUAUGAUCCGGCGUGGUUUGUGAGGGAUGGGGAGAUUUUUCUCAAGAAUGCUUCUGGGGAGGUGGUUUUGUAUCAUCCAAUACGCAACAGGGUUCUUCGCCUUCCAAAUGCUCGGGAUCGGGAAUUUAGGGAAGGGGAAUUUAAAAGAAUACUUGGUUAUGUUCAGACCCUCGUCUCGCCGCUUUCUCUCAAGGCUAACAGUGGAGUGAGUAGGCUCUACUUAAAUGUGGUUUCAAACCUCGGUGAUAAUCUGGGAUCUGUGCUAACAAGGGUUUGGCGUAAACCUCUGCUGGAAAAGAUAAUAGUGGCCUUUGGUGGGGCUCUAAUCUCCUACAAAAAGCUGAACCUGAAGGCAGUUGAGCUAAGAAUCGCAGGGACCAAGCCUGAAGACAUCCCUCGUUCUUUCGAUCUGCUCACUGAAGGAUUGUGGAUUAGAGUUUAA